CAAAAAUCUAUACAUAGUACCGUAAAGGAAAAGAGGCAAACUAUUGACCCCAAAUACGACGGCAUUUACGACAUUAGCACCACCCUACAAACUGUGGUUUUUGUGUCAAGCAAACAACACACACAUACUUUCUUACAUAUGCAGCGCAAUUGACGCCCCCCAAACCGACCACCAGCUGAAACGUUCCGAUUCGUCAUCGAUUUGAGGCAAAAGCCAAACAAUGGAGUGGAGGUGCAAUGAAAAUUAAAACAGAACUCUUAAUUGAAAAUUGAAUACAAAUCGAAAUUCGUCUUGCUUAACUGCACGAAUAUGCGCAUUUCGUAAGCAACGCGAAAAUUAUCAAUAUACGCACACUCACACACAUACACCCACUACAUAAUGGAUGAUAAUCUGAGCACAAAAUCCUCGGAGUCUUCGAUUACAACCAGUGGCGAAUACGAGAUUGUGACCGAUAGUAAUGUGGCAACACCUUUGGAACAGGUGGCUCUACCAUCGCCUGCCACCGCCACAGUUGUCGCAAAAGUCUCAGAAUCGUUGAGUGCACUUACUUUGUCCCCGGAUGGAGUUGGCGGGGAUCGUUCGCCCACUCUUGACAUGGCGCACAAUCGCAAUCUGAGCGACAUUCAGCACGAGAUGACGGAUGCCUUGCGCGACCUGGAACUCGAGCGGAGUGCCCUGGCCGCCGCCAAUGUUGCUGCAGCUGAUAAGACGCGUCACCAUCAGCAACAACAGCAACAACAGCCACAACUGCAACAACAACAGCAAACGCGAUCCCAACAUCCACAGCAGAAAUCAUUGACUUUGCCAUUAGCUGGUCGCAAAACACAAACGGAAGCCGGUGGCGAUACUGAGAUGCGUUUCAAAAUCAACUUAUUCUCGCCAAACAAAGUCGGCGAUGAUUCGGAGGAUGCCUCCAACUCGGAGCACAAUCGUGUGGGUCAAUCUGUAUUCUAUGAUUGCAUCGAUGCCAGUCCGGCGUGCAUUGAAGAGAAACAGGAUGCCAUGAAACCCGAUAAAUGCGAUACCACAGAUGAAGAGGUUUCCGAGAUCGAUCAGGGCUGCACUAUCUUUGCUGGUGUGACCUAUUUGGGCGCUGCUAAUAUCAAUGUACCCAAAUCCGAGGCGGAUGUGUAUAGCAUCAUGAACGAACUUAACAGCGGCUCCAAAUCGGUGGGCCUCAAGAUUACCGUCAGCAUUCCCAAUUGUUCCGAUGGUCUAGUCGUUCUGCACGAUGCGGAGAGCAAUACGAUUAUUGCCUCAUAUGAAAUAUCGAGCAUUAUAUUGUACUAUCGGGGCCCCGUUGAUACCAGUGAGAAUGGAUGCUUUGCGUUCACGUGGCUGCACGGAGAUGCGCUGUUCCAAUGCCAUGUAUUCCGUUGCCAUAUUCCCGAAGCAGUGAAUCAAGUGAGCGCGUGCUUCCAGAAGGCAUUCCAAACGUAUGCGCCCAGCAUGAGCUGCAGUCUCACUUCAGCUGUUGAUAUGGCCAAUUCGGUGACAUCCGACGUAAGCGGCAAUCCGCUGAAUACCGCUGGCUAUGAGUUCAUUGUAUCGCUGGAGAUACGCGAAAAGUUGGCAAACAAUACGUAUGCGGUUGUGCCACGGGACCGUGGCUGCUUCAAGCUGCGUGCCAAUACGGACAAGCGGGUGUGCAUUACCGUCAAGCAGACGCCAUCAAAUGUACUCCAGCCACUGUAUAUUGAACGCUGCUUUGGCGUACUCGUUGCACCCGGCAAGCUCGUUGUACAGAAGGAUAUGCAUCUCAUAGAUUUGAUCAAAAUGGGCUAUGUGCCCGCCACCCAGGGCACUGCUGGCAUUGAGCCGGAUUCAAGCAGCGCCUGUCUUAGUGCGUAUGCAAUAAGCGCCCAGUGGGAGUCGCAGGAGAAAGCCUUCGAACAACUGAAUCAAGAAACGUCCAAAACCAAUCUUACUGUUGCCGUCGACAUUGUGAUUCGCGGCAUACAGGAACCUGUGCGCUUCGUCAUUGAGACACCUGUGACCAUUCAGUCGGAGGGAUCAUUCAGAGAUCACUUCAUGUCAAAGAGGCCGAUGACAUUGCGCUUCUAUUUGCAUCUGAAGCGCACCGAUGAACUCAACUGGAAGGUGAACAGCAUUGAUCCCUCCGAGGAGAUUAACGAGCAGCAAAGCGGACAGCAGGGAUCCUCCCUAAUUAAACUGGGCAUUAAUAAUCUAUCGCGGAUUGUGCGCAGCUCGUCCAUUGCCUCCAUUGAGGAUGAUUACCCCUCAGACUACAGCAGCGAUGGCGAUGAGCCGUUGCUCAGCGGUACCGGUGAAGUCUCCAAGGAUUGCUCGCAGGACACACUCAAUGAAUGGGAUCCCAUUGUGCGCGAAUGGGAUAGUGAGAAGCGGCCCAAAAACCUCGCCGCCCUAGUGCGUCUAGGUGUGCCAGAGGCGCUGCGCGGAAAUAUUUGGCAGAAGUUGGCCAAUGUGGAGCGCAAGGUUGAAAUGAAUGACAUGUACAAGGUUCUUAUUACCAAGGAAACCAAAUGCGAGACAGUUAUUCAGCGUGACAUACAUCGCACCUUUCCGGCGCACCAAUGCUUCAAGGAGACAGGCGGCUCUGGUCAGGAUGCUCUCUUCAAAGUAUCCAAAGCAUAUGCCGUCCACGAUAGCGAGGUCGGCUAUUGCCAGGGCCUCAGUUUCAUAGCAGCCAGCCUGCUUUUGCAUAUGCCCGAGGAGGAUGCUUUCUGUGUGCUCGUUUCUCUGAUGUACGACUACGGACUGCGUGAUCUCUACAAGAGUGGCUUUGAGGUGCUCUACUUGCGCCUCUAUCAGCUGGAGCGUCUCAUAAAGGAUCAGUUGCCACGGCUGCAUGAACAUUUCACAGCCUGUGGCAUUGAGACGCACAUGUAUGCUUCGCAGUGGUUCCUCACACUCUACACGGCACGUUUUCCGCUCUGCUUCGUAUUCCAUGUGCUCGACGUAUUCCUGCUGGACGGUUUGCCAGUGCUCUUUCAGGUAGCGUUGACAUUGCUGUCGAUCUGUGAGUCAGAUUUGCGUCAACUGGAUUUCGAGGGCAUACUCAAGUAUUUUCGGGUGACUCUGCCCAAGAAGUGCCGCAGUUCCAACAAGGCGCUUAAGGUUAUGAAACAGGCGUGUGAGCGCAAAAUCAAGAAGCUGAAGCAGUACGAAGAGGAGUUUCUACUCAAGAAACAGCACAAGGAGCGCCUGGAUAAGGAGGCGAAAAUCUAUGAGAGUCGCUUUGGGGAGGAGCGACGCAAACUUCAGUCAGAGAUUGACUCGCUCAUGCAGCAGCUGACCAUUGCCAAUGAGCGGGCCGUGGAUAAGGAAAAGAAGCACACAGGCAUCAUACAGGAAUACAAACAGAUCAUUCAGCGGCAUGAGCAGGGAAUGAACUCGCUCAACGAAACAUUGGGCAAGGUUAUGCAAACGGUUUCCAAGUGCUCGCACUGCUUGCAGCAGAUCGAAGUGGGCAAUGACAAUGCCAAGCAGGAGCAGCUGGACACAGCCAAAAGGCAUUCGCAUCCACUGCGCAAUGCGAAUAAGAUGCCACUGGGUCCAUUGGAUCCACUCAAUAUCGCCUCGCAGCGCAUACGCGAACUGGAGCUGGAGCUUGCGCAGGCCAAGUUGGCUCAAGUUGAAGCCGAGUGCAAGAAUCAGGACUUGAAUCAUCAGCUCAACAAUACACUCAGUGAGCUGCAGUCCAAUCGUAACAGCUGGCAGCCGUGGCUUUCCAAGACCUUCAAUUCGCUACAGGAGAAGGUGACUACACGUGGCGGAGGUGGCACACAUCGCGGUGAUCAUCCCGUUCCCACAUUCCAGUCGUACAUGGGCCAGGCACCAGCCACAGUCAGUGAGGCGAGUUCGCCCAGCGCCAAUCAGGAGUACAAAACAUUUGCAUUUGCAUCUGUUGGCGGCUCCCCCAAAUUGCCGACUAAAUUUCAGGCCACCAAGCUGCGGAACAGCAUCGAUAGUUUGCGUAAUAUUGUUGUCCCGCUGGAGACGGGCAAAUCGCUGCUCGCCGAGAAUCUCAAACAUCAACUGCAAUCGCAGCCAUAGAUACACAUAUAGAUAUCAAUAUCUAUCUAUAUGUAUAUGUAGAACGAUCUGGCUAGCAGACAGUCCUACGCCUUUGGUAUUAUGUAUCGUAUUCGUCUAUAUUUAUAUACAGUAUAUACAAAUAUAGUCUACACACACACGUAUAUGUACUUAAAUAAUAUGCAUUCCUUGGUUUCUAUAAUGAACAUUUUUUGUUUACUUUUGCACCUAAACGCACCUAGGCUUGUCCAACUGUAAGUUGCCUGUGCAUACAGUUUGGCAUACACUGCAUAAGCCCAAAAGAAAAAACGCUAAAAACUUAUACAAUAAACAUAU